GAUCCGCACCCCUGGCUGGGCGUGUUGUGGCCGAGCGGUGCCUGACCUGGGUCAGGGUUUUCAGCAGAAACAUGUCUGACAAAAUGUCUAGUUUCCUGCACAUUGGAGACAUUUGCUCCCUGUACGCCGAGGGCUCCACAAAUGGGUUCAUUAGCACCUUGGGCCUGGUGGACGACCGCUGUGUUGUGCAGCCGGAAACCGGGGACCUUAACAACCCACCCAAGAAGUUCAGAGACUGCCUCUUCAAGCUGUGCCCUAUGAACCGCUACUCGGCCCAGAAGCAGUUCUGGAAAGCAGCGAAGCCCGGAGCCAACAGCACCACGGACGCAGUGCUGCUUAACAAGCUGCACCACGCCGCAGACUUGGAAAAGAAGCAGAAUGAGACGGAAAACAGGAAGCUGCUGGGCACGGUGAUCCAGUAUGGCAACGUCAUCCAGCUCCUGCAUCUCAAGAGCAACAAAUACCUGACUGUGAACAAGAGGCUCCCGGCGCUGCUGGAGAAGAAUGCCAUGCGAGUGACGCUGGACGAGGCGGGGAACGAGGGCUCCUGGUUCUACAUCCAGCCCUUCUACAAGCUGCGCUCCAUCGGAGACAGCGUGGUCAUAGGGGACAAGGUGGUGUUGAACCCUGUCAAUGCUGGCCAGCCCCUGCAUGCCAGCAGCCACCAACUGGUGGACAACCCAGGUUGCAAUGAGGUGAACUCUGUCAACUGUAACACGAGCUGGAAGAUCGUGCUGUUCAUGAAGUGGAGUGACAACAAGGAUGACAUCCUUAAAGGGGGCGAUGUGGUGCGGCUGUUCCAUGCCGAGCAGGAGAAGUUUCUCACCUGCGACGAGCAUCGUAAGAAGCAGCACGUGUUCCUGAGGACCACCGGGCGCCAGUCGGCCACCUCGGCCACCAGCUCCAAGGCCCUGUGGGAGGUGGAGGUCGUCCAGCAUGACCCGUGCCGGGGUGGAGCUGGCUACUGGAACAGCCUCUUCCGCUUCAAGCAUCUGGCCACGGGGCACUACCUGGCGGCGGAGGUAGACCCUGACUUUGAGGAAGAAUGCCUGGAGUUUCCGCCCCCAGUGGACCCUGACCAGGACACCUCUCGAAGCAGGCUGCGUAACACCCCUGAGAAGAUGGUCUACUCGCUGGUCUCCGUGCCUGAGGGCAGCGACAUCUCCUCCAUCUUUGAGCUGGACCCCACCACGCUGCGGGGAGGUGACAGCCUGGUUCCAAGGAACUCCUACGUCCGACUCAGGCACCUGUGCACCAACACCUGGGUGCACAGCACCAACAUCCCCAUCGACAAGGAGGAGGAGAAGCCAGUGAUGCUCAAAAUCGGCACCUCUCCCGUGAAGGAAGACAAGGAGGCCUUUGCCAUCGUCCCUGUCUCUCCCGCGGAAGUGCGGGACCUUGACUUUGCCAACGAUGCCAGCAAGGUGCUGGGCUCCAUCGCUGGGAAGCUAGAAAAGGGCACCAUCACCCAAAAUGAGCGCCGCUCUGUCACCAAGCUGUUAGAAGACCUGGUUUACUUUGUCACUGGAGGGACAAACUCUGGCCAGGACGUGCUCGAAGUGGUCUUCUCCAAGCCCAACCGGGAGCGGCAGAAGCUGAUGCGAGAACAGAACAUCCUGAAGCAGAUCUUCAAGCUGCUGCAGGCGCCCUUCACCGACUGUGGCGAUGGCCCCAUGCUGCGGCUAGAGGAGCUGGGUGACCAGCGGCACGCGCCUUUCCGGCACAUUUGCCGGCUGUGCUACCGGGUGCUGCGGCACUCACAGCAGGACUACAGGAAGAACCAGGAGUACAUCGCCAAGCAGUUCGGCUUCAUGCAGAAGCAGAUCGGCUACGAUGUGCUGGCCGAGGACACCAUCACGGCCCUGCUGCACAACAACCGCAAGCUCUUGGAGAAGCACAUCACGGCGGCCGAGAUCGACACCUUCGUCAGCCUGGUGCGCAAGAACCGGGAGCCCCGGUUCCUGGAUUAUCUCUCUGACCUCUGUGUGUCCAUGAACAAGUCCAUCCCGGUGACACAGGAGCUGAUCUGCAAGGCUGUGCUGAACCCCACCAAUGCAGACAUCCUCAUCGAGACCAAGCUAGUUCUUUCUCGGUUUGAGUUCGAAGGGGUUUCCAGCGGGGAGAACGCCCUGGAGACCGGCGAGGAUGAAGAGGAAGUGUGGCUGUUCUGGAGGGAUGGUAACAAAGAAGUCCGCAGUAAGAGCGUGCGUGAGCUGGCACAGGAUGCCAAGGAGGGCCAGAGGGAGGACCGGGACGUGCUGAGCUACUACCGGUACCAGCUGAACCUCUUUGCUCGCAUGUGUCUGGACCGCCAGUACUUAGCCAUCAAUGACAUCUCGGGCCAGCUGGACGUGGACCUGAUCCUGCGCUGCAUGUCCGACGAAAACCUGCCCUACGAGCUGCGGGCGUCCUUCUGCCGCCUCAUGUUGCACAUGCAUGUGGAUCGGGACCCGCAGGAGCAGGUCACGCCUGUGAAAUACGCCCGCCUCUGGUCGGAGAUCCCCUCUGAGAUCGCCAUUGAUGACUACGAUAGCAGCGGGGCGUCCAAGGACGACACCAAGGAGCGUUUCUCCCAGACCAUGGAGUUCGUGGAGGAGUACCUGCGUGACGUGGUCUGCCAGCGGUUCCCGUUCUCCGAUAAGGAGAAGAACAAGCUCACCUUUGAGGUUGUGAAUUUAGCCAGGAAUCUCAUCUACUUCGGCUUCUACAACUUCUCCGACCUCCUGCGGCUGACCAAGAUCCUCCUGGCCAUCUUGGACUGCGUGCACGUGACGACCAUCUUCCCCGUCAGCAAGAUGGCCAAGGGGGAGGAGAGCAAAGGCAGCAACGUGAUGAGGUCCAUCCACGGGGUCGGGGAGCUCAUGACCCAGGUGGUGCUGCGUGGCGGUGGCUUUCUGCCUGUGACCCCCAUGGCCGCUGCACCCGAGGGCAACGUGAAGCAGGCGGAGCCCGAGAAGGAGGACAUAAUGGUCAUGGACACGAAGCUCAAGAUCAUCGAGAUCCUGCAGUUCAUUCUGAAUGUGCGCUUGGAUUACCGCAUCUCCUGCCUCCUGUGCAUAUUCAAGCGGGAGUUUGACGAAAGCAACUCGCAGACGUCAGAAGCAUCGUCUGGGAACAGCAGCCAAGAAGGGCCCAGCAACGUGCCAGGUGCUCUCGACUUUGAACACAUUGAGGAGCAAGCGGAAGGCAUUUUUGGAGGAAGGCAAGAGAACACGCCACUGGACCUGGACGACCAUGGUGGCCGGACCUUCCUGCGCGUGCUGCUGCACCUGACCAUGCACGACUACCCGCCCCUGGUGUCGGGGGCUCUGCAGCUGCUCUUCCGGCACUUCAGUCAGAGGCAGGAAGUCCUGCAGGCCUUCAAGCAGGUUCAGCUGCUGGUGACCAGCCAGGAUGUGGACAACUACAAGCAGAUCAAACAGGACCUGGACCAGCUGCGGUCCAUCGUGGAGAAGUCUGAGCUCUGGGUAUACAAAGGACAGGGGCCCGACGAGACGAUGGACGGCGCCUCUGGAGAAAAUGAGCACAAGAAGGCGGAGGAGGGGAACAACAAAUCACAGAAGCAUGAGAGCGCCAGCAGCUACAACUACAGGGUGGUGAAGGAGAUUUUGAUUCGACUCAGCAAACUGUGCGUGCAGGAGAGUGCCUCCGUGCGGAAGAGCAGGAAGCAGCAGCAGCGCCUUCUGCGGAACAUGGGCGCGCAUGCCGUGGUGCUGGAGCUGCUGCAGAUCCCCUACGAGAAGGCUGAGGACACCAAGAUGCAGGAGAUCAUGCGGCUGGCUCACGAGUUUUUGCAGAAUUUCUGUGCAGGCAACCAGCAGAAUCAAGCCUUGCUGCAUAAGCACAUCAACCUGUUUCUCAACCCCGGGAUCCUCGAGGCUGUCACGAUGCAGCACAUCUUCAUGAACAACUUCCAGCUGUGCAGCGAGAUCAACGAGAGGGUCGUGCAGCACUUCGUCCACUGCAUCGAGACGCACGGCCGCAACGUCCAGUACAUCAAGUUCCUGCAGACCAUCGUCAAGGCAGAGGGCAAAUUCAUCAAAAAGUGCCAGGACAUGGUCAUGGCUGAGCUGGUCAACUCUGGAGAAGACGUCCUGGUGUUCUACAACGACCGAGCCUCUUUCCAGACACUGAUCCAGAUGAUGCGGUCGGAGCGGGACCGUAUGGAUGAGAACAGCCCGCUCAUGUACCACAUCCACCUGGUGGAGCUCCUGGCCGUGUGCACCGAGGGCAAGAACGUCUACACGGAGAUCAAGUGCAACUCCCUGCUGCCGCUGGACGACAUCGUGCGUGUGGUCACCCAUGAGGACUGCAUCCCCGAGGUGAAAAUUGCGUACAUCAACUUCCUGAACCACUGCUACGUGGACACCGAGGUCGAGAUGAAGGAGAUCUACACGAGCAACCACAUGUGGAAGCUCUUUGAGAACUUCCUGGUGGACAUCUGCAGGGCCUGUAACAACACGAGUGACAGGAAGCACGCAGACUCCAUCCUGGAGAAGUACGUCACUGAGAUCGUCAUGAGUAUUGUCACAACCUUCUUCAGCUCCCCCUUCUCCGACCAGAGCACCACCCUGCAGACCCGUCAGCCCGUCUUUGUGCAGCUGCUGCAGGGCGUGUUCAGGGUUUACCACUGCAACUGGCUGAUGCCAAGCCAGAAGGCGUCUGUGGAGAGCUGUAUCCGAGUGCUGUCUGACGUGGCCAAGAGCCGGGCCAUCGCCAUUCCCGUGGACCUGGACAGCCAGGUCAACAACCUCUUCCUGAAGUCACACAACAUCGUGCAGAAAACAGCCAUGAACUGGCGUCUGUCGGCCCGCAACGCUGCACGCAGGGACUCGGUGCUGGCGGCAUCCAGGGAUUACCGGAAUAUCAUUGAGAGGUUGCAGGACAUUGUCUCGGCACUGGAAGACCGGCUGCGGCCCCUGGUGCAGGCUGAGCUGUCUGUGCUUGUGGAUGUCCUGCACAGACCCGAGCUGCUCUUCCCAGAGAACACCGAUGCCAGGAGGAAGUGUGAGAGCGGCGGCUUCAUUUGCAAGUUGAUCAAGCACACGAAGCAGCUGCUGGAGGAGAACGAGGAGAAGCUGUGUAUCAAGGUCCUGCAGACCCUCCGGGAGAUGAUGACCAAGGACCGAGGCUACGGGGACAAGGGUGAGGCGCUCAGGCAAAUUUUGGUCAACCGUUACUAUGGAAAUGUCAGAGCUUCGGGAAGAAGAGAGAGCCUGACCAGCUUUGGCAACGGCCCACUGUCACCAGGAACCCCCAGCAAGCCUGGGGGAGGAGGAGGAGGCUCUGGAUCCAGCUCCAUGAGCAGGGGCGACAUGAGCCUGGCCGAGGUCCAGUGUCACCUCGACAAGGAGGGGGCCUCCAAUCUGGUGAUCGACCUCAUCAUGAAUGCAUCCAGCGACCGGGUCUUCCAUGAGAGUAUUCUCCUGGCCAUCGCCCUCCUGGAAGGCGGCAAUACCACCAUUCAGCAUUCCUUCUUCUGCCGGCUGACGGAAGACAAGAAGUCAGAGAGGUUCUUCAAGGUCUUCUAUGACCGGAUGAAAGUGGCCCAGCAGGAGAUCAAGGCGACCGUGACGGUGAACACCAGUGACCUGGGGAACAAGAAGAAGGAUGACGAGGUGGACAGGGAUGCCCCGGCUCGCAAGAAAGCCAAAGAGCCCUCCACGCAGAUCACGGAGGAGGUGCGGGACCAGCUCCUGGAGGCGUCGGCUGCCACCAGGAAGGCCUUCUCCACGUUCAGGAGGGAGGCCGACCCUGACGACCACUACCAGCCUGGUGAGGGCGCCCAGGCCACGGCCGACAAGAGCAAGGACGAGCUGGAGAUGAGCGCGGUCAUCUCCAUCAUGCAGCCCAUCCUCCGCUUCCUGCAGCUGCUGUGUGAAAACCACAACCGGGACCUGCAGAACUUCCUCCGUUGCCAGAGCAACAAGACCAACUACAACCUGGUAUGUGAGACACUGCAGUUCCUGGAUUGCAUCUGCGGCAGCACGACGGGCGGCCUUGGGCUCCUCGGCCUCUACAUCAACGAGAAGAACGUGGCACUCAUCAACCAGACCCUGGAAAGCUUGACCGAGUACUGCCAGGGCCCAUGCCACGAGAACCAGAACUGCAUCGCCACCCACGAGUCCAAUGGCAUUGACAUCAUCACUGCCCUGAUCCUCAAUGACAUCAACCCGCUGGGGAAGAAGAGGAUGGACCUGGUGCUGGAGCUGAAGAACAAUGCGUCCAAGCUGCUCCUGGCCAUCAUGGAGAGCAGGCAUGACAGCGAGAACGCCGAGCGGAUCCUCUACAACAUGCGGCCCAAGGAGCUGGUGGAGGUCAUCAAGAAGGCCUACAUGCAGGGCGAAGUGGAGUUUGAGGAUGGAGAGAACGGCGAGGACGGGGCCGCCUCCCCGAGGAACGUGGGCCACAACAUCUACAUCCUGGCUCAUCAGCUGGCUCGACACAACAAGGAGCUGCAGAGCAUGCUGAAGCCUGGAGGCCAGGUGGACGGGGAUGAGGCGCUGGAGUUUUACGCCAAGCACACGGCCCAGAUAGAGAUCGUGCGACUGGACCGGACCAUGGAGCAGAUCGUGUUCCCCGUGCCCAGCAUCUGUGAGUUCUUGACCAAGGAGUCCAAGCUGCGCGUCUACUACACCACCGAGAGGGACGAGCAGGGCAGCAAGAUCAAUGACUUCUUCCUGCGCUCCGAGGACCUCUUCAACGAGAUGAACUGGCAGAAGAAGCUGCGAGCCCAGCCCGUCCUGUACUGGUGUGCACGCAACAUGUCCUUCUGGAGCAGCAUCUCCUUCAACCUGGCCGUGCUCAUGAACCUGCUGGUGGCGUUUUUCUACCCAUUCAGAGGAGUGCGAGGAGGAACGCUGGAGCCCCACUGGUCAGGCCUCCUGUGGACGGCCAUGCUCCUGUCCCUGGCCAUCGUCAUCGCCCUCCCCAAGCCCCACGGCAUCCGCGCCUUAAUCGCCUCCACGAUCCUCCGGCUGAUCUUCUCAGUGGGGUUGCAGCCCACGCUGUUCCUGCUGGGAGCCUUCAAUGUCUGCAAUAAAAUCAUCUUUCUCAUGAGCUUUGUGGGCAACUGCGGAACGUUCACGAGAGGCUACCGUGCCAUGGUCCUGGACGUGGAGUUCCUCUAUCACCUCUUGUACCUGCUCAUCUGCGCCAUGGGCCUCUUCGUGCAUGAGUUCUUCUACAGCCUGCUGCUCUUCGACUUGGUGUACCGAGAGGAGACGCUGCUCAAUGUCAUCAAGAGUGUAACCCGCAACGGACGCUCCAUCAUCCUCACGGCCGUGCUGGCCCUGAUCCUGGUCUACCUCUUCUCCAUCGUGGGCUACCUUUUCUUCAAGGACGACUUCAUUCUGGAGGUGGACAGGCUGCCCAACGAGACCGCGCUCCCAGAGUCCGGCGAGAGUCUAGCCAGCGACUUCCUGUACACGGAUGUGUGUCGGAUGGAGACCGGGGAGAACUGCUCUUCCCCCGAGCCCAGGGAAGAGCUGGUCCCCGUGGGGGAGACGGAGCAGGACGAGGAACACACGUGCGAGACGCUGCUGAUGUGCAUCGUGACCGUGCUCAGCCACGGGCUGCGGAGCGGGGGCGGCGUGGGCGACGUGCUCAGGAAGCCGUCCAAGGAGGAGCCCCUCUUCGCCGCGAGGGUGAUCUACGACCUGCUCUUCUUCUUCAUGGUCAUCAUCAUUGUCCUCAACCUGAUUUUCGGGGUCAUCAUCGACACCUUUGCUGACCUGAGGAGCGAGAAGCAGAAGAAGGAGGAGAUCUUAAAGACCACCUGCUUUAUCUGCGGCCUGGAAAGGGACAAGUUUGACAACAAGACAGUCACGUUUGAGGAACACAUCAAGGAGGAGCACAACAUGUGGCAUUACCUGUGCUUCAUCGUCCUGGUGAAGGUCAAGGACUCCACGGAGUACACGGGGCCCGAGAGCUAUGUGGCAGAAAUGAUCAAGGAACGCAACCUCGACUGGUUCCCGCGGAUGCGAGCCAUGUCCCUGGUCAGCAGUGACUCAGAGGGUGAGCAGAACGAACUGCGCAGCCUGCAGGAGAAGCUUGAGUCCACCAUGAGGCUGGUCACAAACCUCUCGGGGCAGCUGUCGGAGCUCAAGGACCAGAUGACGGAGCAGAGGAAACAGAAGCAGAGAAUCGGGCUUCUAGGACAUCCUCCUCACAUGAACAUCAACCCCCAGCAGCCGGCCUGAGCGGGCCGUCAGGGAGCGCCUGCCUUCCUGCUGGCCCGGCGCAGCUCCCACUGUG